AUGAGCAAGACAUUUAAUGCUGAGGAGGCGGAGAACCUCGAGGAUAUUGAAAAGCAGUUUGCCGUCAAGGCGGUUGAGCAGGCCCAGACGUACUGGGGCCUGCUGGAGAAGGUUCCUGGUAGCAAAUUGAAGCUAACCAGCGACGACGACGUCAUCUACGAUCAUUUGCUGCGCGAGUUCCCUGAAUUUCACGAGGGCGGAAUCUGGUCCAAGGUCAUUGACGAGGACAUGAUGAAGACCAAGAGCGGGAAAGAGCGCUGGCGCAAUUUCUGCAACGUCUAUGAGAAGAUCAUCGACGACUACAACUUUGGCACUUUGCUGCGGCUGGACCCGGCUGGCGAGUACAACGAAAAGAACACCAUGUUUGCUCUGCGGAUCCAGUUCUAUGCCAUCGAGAUUUUGCGCAACAAGCGGGGCAUGAACAACUGGGUCGCUGCCAAGUCUAGCUAA